AUGGCGGUGGCACGCGCUGGUCCGGUGCCGGAAGUGGGGAGGAGAAGCGCCGCCACCGCAAACACACGGGCUGCCCGCAGCAUGGGUAGGCCGCGUCGGGCCGCACCGCGCCGGAGGCUGCCGAAGGCAGAGGAGGAUGCCGGGGAGGAGCCCGCCGGGCCCGAGCCGGGCCCGCUGGCCUCGCAGAGCUUCACGGACGAGGUGGACGAUUUCCACGAGGCGCGGUUCGAGGCGGUGAUGGGGGCGCUGGGGAGCGAGGAGGAGGCUGAGGAGGAGGAGAGCGAGGAGGAGGUGCUGGGCCUGGAGCUGCCGGAGGAGAGCGAGGAGGAGGAGGAGGAGGAGGAGCCGGGGGGCGAGGAGGGGGAUGGGGACCUGUCUAUGCACAGUGACCUGGAGGAGCCAGACAGGGGCUCCGGCCUCCCCCACGAGCUCUCCUGGGGGCAGCGCAAGCAGCUCUAUUACGACACGGAUUAUGGGGCCGCUGCCCGCUCGAAGAACAAGCGGAGUCUCGAGGAGGCCGAGGCCGAGGAGCUGGAGGAGGAGCAGGAGGCUCAGGCCAUCCAGAAGCGUCUGGCGCAGGCCUUGGGCGAAGACGACUAUGGGCUGGACCUGGUGCAGGCCUACGCGGAUGAGCAGCGCAGCACCCAGCUGCUGGAGACGGGGCCGAAGAUCGCCAAGGAUUUGAAGACGCUUUCCAGAAAAGAGCAACUGAAGCUGCUGAAGCAAGAGUCACCUGAGCUGCUGCAGCUGAUUCAGGACUUUGAAGCCAAGUUAACUGAGCUCAAGGAUGAACUGGAUCCACUCAUGCACAUGGUCAGGAAUGGGAUCAUCCCGAAGGGAAAAGGCAGCCGUUACCUGCAGACCAAGUAUCAUCUCUAUUUGAAUUAUUGCACCAAUAUCAGCUUCUACUUGGUUCUGAAAUCAAAGAGGAUUCCAGUUCAGGGCCACCCUGUUAUUGAAAGACUGGUUGCUUACAGAAAUUUAAUCAAUGACUUGGGGAUUGUGGAUGAAAAGUUAUCAUCAGAAGUCCAAUGGCUCCUUAAUGAGCUCCACAAUACUGAGAGAAAUGAUGUAGGAGGAAAGAAACAAUCGACAAUGCUUCUUCAGAGAACUGUUAAUAAAAAUAAACCAAAAUCUGUUCCUAAGAUUUCUACUGUUGAGGCUGCUGCUAAAGAACCAAGAGAUGAUUCAGACUUAGAUGAAGAGGCUGCCUUGAAAUUUUACAGGGAGAUGGAGGAGAAGAUGAAACUCAAGAGGAAGAGAAGAGAAGAUCAGAAUGCAAUGGAAGAGGAAUUGGUUCUCGAAGAAGAUCCAAAUAAAAAGCGAGGUAUAACAUAUCAGAUUGCCAAGAAUAAAGGCCUUACACCCAAAAGGAAGAAGAUUGAUCGUAACCCAAGAGUCAAGCAUCGUGAGAAAUUCAGGCGUGCUAAGAUUCGUAGAAAGGGCCAGGUUCAUGAGGUUCGAAAAGAAGAGCAAAGAUAUGGUGGUGAACUGUCUGGCAUUCGUGCUGGAGUUAAGAAAAGCAUAAAGCUUAAAUGAUUCCCUCUGCGAUUUGUGGACCUGAAGAUCGUGGAUGUGAACACAAUAAAUCAUUUCUAAAUAGAACAUUGUGGGUUUUUAAAUACUUAUUAAUGUAGAAAGUAUAUAAUAUAUAUUUUAACAGAAUGUUCAACCAGCCCUUUAAUUGUACACCUCUCUAAAAAUAACCCUUAACACUCACUCCUGUGUACAGGAGCUAUUCCCUGCAUCACUGUCUCUUACUGUAACUUUCCCUAUAUGGUGUUAUUCUCUGAGAAGCAGAAAAGGUUGUGAUGGAAGGGAGUGAAAUACGGAUGACGGGGUGGUAAUUAGGUUGGGUAGGAUUUUACAGAGGGUGCCAAAGGAUUUGGCAAUUGGGAAGAGACUUGGCAGCGUCUGCAAAAAGAUUCUAUGUGUAGAGGGAGUUGGGGAGUAAAAUGUGUGCAGCUACCAUUGCCAUCUCCUUUACCUAUUUUGUUGCCUGUUUCUCUGGUCCAGUAACUGUGAUGAGCUGUAGA